ACAGUCCUGGGGUGGAGGCGAUUGCCGUGGUCCGGUUUGCACAAAGUUGCAAGUCUUCCCCUCCUCGUUUCAAAAUAGGAAAAUGACAUUUUGCGGCAGGUUGGAGUGCAGAGGUUGAUCGGACCUCUAGAUAUCGGGGUGCAGAGGGAAUAAUGGAGGAGCAAAAGACCAAUGAGAAUUCAGAGGAGAAAGCUUCGGUAAUAAGGAAUAGCGACAAAGGCAUCGCGGCCAUUAAGGCUCUGUACAGCACAACCAAAGAGAAGUUCCAUGAGUGUAUAGACUCCGGGUGGAAAGGUGAAAAAAGGGCCUUUGAUGCAAAGAACCCAGAAGGGGCGAGUGAAGAGGCGAGAGGAGAACAGGCUGAGGAACCGCAAACCAAGAAGGUGAAGCUGGAAGAAGGAGGGAAGGAUCAAGGAAAGAAGAAAGCAAGGGGGCAGUUUAAGAGCAGGCCUCAUGUGAAGCCCCAAAGCUACGACGAUAAGAAGCUGUGCCCCUCAAUCGUUCAGGAAUGCGCCAGUAAGUGCUUCUAUGGAGACAAAUGCAAAUUUUUCCACAAUAUUUCCGAGUACAUGGCACUGAAGCCCGCAGAUAUCGGAGAACGCUGCUACAUUUUUGACACCUUUGGGAAGUGUCGCUAUGGCCUGACCUGCAGGUUUGCCAAGGCUCAUAUUGGAGAGAACUUCAAGAACCUGGUGAACCAAGAGCUGCUGGAUAAGAUGGAGGGACGCUCCGCGGUCAGAAACAACCUCAAUAAAGACUUGCAACACCGCUUGCGGAAAAAGCAGGUUUCCUUCAAGGCAUCCGAAGCUUAUCUCAGGGAAAUGAACAGGAAGAAUCAGCAGAGGAGCACUGCCCAGAUGGAUGUGGGAAGCAAGCCAGUGGCUAGCGGCAAUGCCACCAAGACAGAAGAGCUUUCUGAAGCAGUGGGCAGAAGCACUGCAGCAGAUGUCCCAAAAGAAGAAGGAAAUGUAGAAACACUAACAGCGGUAAAAGAGGUAGAAGCCAACACAGAAGCAGAGGGAAUCUCCUCUUCUGUGGAAACAGUUGGUUUGAAUGUUUCCGUAGACCCCAAAGAACAAGAACACCACGGAGAAAAGACUCCUGUUAAAACUCUUGGUGUGGUAACUGAUGCUGACAUUGUAAGACUUCGACCCUGUGAAAAGAAACAAGUGGACUUCAGAGACAAGCUGUACCUCGCCCCUUUAACAACGUGUGGAAAUCUUCCUUUCCGUCGAAUAUGCAAACGUUUCGGUGCCGACAUCACCUGUGGAGAAAUGGCUGUGUGCACUAACCUGCUGCAGGGCCAGACGUCCGAGUGGGCUCUUCUGAAGAGACACGAGAGUGAAGAUCUGUUUGGGGUGCAGUUGGAGGGAAGCUUUCCUGACACCAUGACCAAGUGUGCAGAGCUGCUCAAUAAAAACAUCGAGGUGGAUUUUGUGGAUAUCAACUCGGGCUGUCCUAUUGACCUUGUGUACAAUAAGGGAGGUGGCUGUGGACUGAUGACUCGCACAAAGAAAUUUGAGCAAAUUGUAAGAGGAAUGAACUCGGUUCUAGAUGUCCCUUUGACAGUUAAAAUACGGACGGGUGUUCAAGAAAAAAACAGCAUUGCUCACAAACUCAUACCGGACCUGAAGAGCUGGGGGGUAUCUCUGAUUACACUUCACGGCAGAUCCCGUGAACAGCGCUACACAAAAGUAGCGGACUGGAAUUACAUCAGCACUUGCUCUAAACUGGCAAGCCCUGUCCCUCUUUUCGGAAAUGGAGACAUACUGUCUUAUGAAGAUGCAAUGAAAGCCAGGGAAACAGGAGUGUCUGGAAUAAUGAUUGCAAGAGGUGCUCUUAUUAAGCCUUGGAUUUUCACUGAAAUAAAAGAGCAGCGACACUGGGAUAUUUCAUCAAGUGAACGGUUUGAAAUCCUGAAAGAUUUUACAAAUUUUGGCCUGGAGCAGUGGGGCUCUGACACCCAGGGUGUGGAGAAGACCAGGACCUUCCUUCUCGAGUGGCUGUCCUUCCUGUGCAGAUAUAUCCCGGUUGGACUCUUGGAGCGUGUCCCACAAAAGAUCAAUGAGAGACCCCCCUACUACGUAGGUAGGGAUUACUUGGAAACCGUGAUGGCCAGCCAACAUGUGGGCGACUGGAUCAAAAUAAGUGAAAUGUUGCUUGGACCAGUGCCCACCAAUUUUACCUUUCUGCCAAAACACAAAGCAAAUGCCUACAAGUGAAACUCGCAAAGGAACUGGCUUAACUGAAAUUUUGAAGCAUUGGAGAUAUUGAAUGGAUUUUAUGGUGGCCAGUGGUUUCUUAAGAAGAACAAAUAUUUAAAACUUGGUCCAUCUUGCCAAUUAGGUAGUUAAUCCAAGGCAUUUAUCCAGUAUUGGCCUCAACAACAUGGCUGGGUAGCUUCUUUUAAAUAUGUAUUAAGAGUCAGAAGAAACUUUACCAUGCUGUGCAUGAAUGUUUUGAGAAAAAUAAAGGUUAUGGAUAUUGGUUAAAUGA